ACAUCGCUGUCCACGGAUGCACUCCAAUAAUCCUUCAAGGAGAAAACGGAGGGCGCGUCGCUUGCAGUAUCGUCUCCACCGAUCACCAAAUAGCUUCAACGCUUGCACGCCGUGCCACAAGGCAAACACAACGUCAACUUUUACUCUUCGUAACACAGCGAUGACAUAGCAUCACAACAAGAGCACAAGAUAAGGCGACAAAUCACUGCGAGACUGAUCAGUAUCUUCCCGCAGCAACUGUAGCACGCUAUGGAAUACAGUUUCGUACCUGCAUGUCUGAUGCUGCACGUCAGUUUUCUUCGGUCCGAAGAUUCAACGCAGCCUGAUCAGCGCCGUUGUUUGUCGCACAAGGAACGCCAAAGCGUGGCUAAGCCGCGUGGAACCUGGAUGCUGGGAAACGGUCAGCGGAGAUUACCAUCAACAGAGCACAGCAGGAGCAGCGAUUCAGGAGAUGCAUGGCAAGCUACUCCAGACUGUGCCGUGGGCCGGUCGACUUGAUAUGUGGGUGUAGGAUCCUCAACUCGACUGCGAAUGUCUGCUCGACAACAAGAAGCGACUUCUCGAACCGAACGUGGUUUGCUACCUAGGUACCCAGGUAGGGCAAUUUCGGUACUGCAACCAGGCGAUUGCGUCCGCGAGAAUGCCACAACAACGUGGAAGUUGCCACGAAUACCCAAAGACCCUAACAAUGUGCGC